GUUUGGAAUCAGACAAAAUCAGUGUCCUAUCUAUUACAUAUGUUCUAACUGUAGCUUCAUGCCUACACUGGCUUUUCUGAUCUAGCCGCUCCUAAGCUUACUGUGACGAAGCACGUCCUGCACCAUGUCGUCGUCGGACUGGCCCCCAAAGGAGGGUCUUUGCACACCCACUACGCCCCGAUCCAGCGGAGUUCUUAGCCUCUCAGCCUCCACCACCAUCUCCGCCCCCGCAAGCCUUGUCUUCACGAUCAUUCGAGAGACGGAUAAAUAUCCAGAAUGGAAUCAAUGGUGUCCCAGAGUGACUAUUCUUUCGCAGCCGGACGGUGAACACAGGGACUCGAAAUUGCUCGUACUCAACACGAGUUAUAUCUUACAUGCUCUGAUGGACACCUCAAAGCCGUCCAAGGACACACCUACGCAGCUGCGAAUUACUGAUCUUAGUACGCCCGAGGCACCCAAAUCGGACUACUUGGGUGAACUCCUACAGGAUCCUACGUUCACCUCGGAUCUUUCAAAGGUUUAUAGAAUUGCGUGGAAGGGCGAAGGCAGUUUCUUAGCGAUUGGACUCCAGACGGAACGAUUCCAUGAAGUCAUCGUGCUGAAUGAAAAUGAAUGCGAAGUUAGGACAUGGGAGGUCAUGUCAGGACCGGUGGCAUAUACAGUGAAAUGGAUGUUCAAGAAGAACUUGGAGGAAAAAUUUAAGCUCUGGGUCAGCGAUCUAAAGAAACGGGCCGAGAGUCUGCAUGGCACUGCGACAAAUACAUGAAAUUCAAUAGAUCAUAUACGCUUAUUCGUAACUGAAGGCAAAUGCUCAAGCAAAGUCUGAUCUCGA